AGUCGAUUCAUAAACGUGUCCGUGUGUGGAUGUUGUUUGUUCGAAUUCCAACUAUUAGAACUUUAACAAACAAGAACUUGCAAUAACUUCGUAACAAAAUAAUUUUAAUUUUUUUGAGUUACUUUUUUAAACAUGUGUAUUUAAGUGAACUUAAAAUUCUUCGAAAUAGUGAUUUAAAUUUGCAUUAAAACCCAAGAAUUUCAGAGUGUUAUUAUUUAUUUCUUUUUAUUUAAAACUUUAUAAAUUAAAAAUAGUGAUUAUUAAAAUGUGUUAAACUUUAAAUUCCAAGAAUCUAAUUUACCAGAAAAAAUCAUACAUUUUUUUUUGGAAAAGAAGAUCAAAAAUAUUUUUUUGGGGUGAUUUUGGUUUUUCUUUUUCGUGUGCUAUGUUGUCAGCAGGGUUGGGCUACGGUACUCCAGGAUCCGGAGCCACACCCCCAUACAGUCCUCCGCCCCGGAACAGUCCCCUGCCGAGUUUCGGUUUUACGCAGGAACAAGUUGCAUGUGUUUGCGAGGUUCUUCAACAAGCCGGUAACGUUGAAAGACUCGGACGAUUCCUUUGGUCAUUGCCAGCAUGUGACAAAUUGCACAAUAACGAAUCCGUUUUAAAAGCCAAAGCGAUAGUUGCUUUUCACAGAGGAAAUUUUAAAGAAUUAUACAGGAUUUUAGAAAGUCACACAUUCAGUCCGCACAAUCAUUCAAAAUUACAAGCUUUAUGGCUUAAAGCACAUUACAUCGAGGCUGAAAGAUUAAGAGGUAGGCCUUUGGGUGCAGUUGGAAAAUAUCGGGUACGAAGAAAAUUUCCUUUACCACGAACGAUAUGGGACGGUGAAGAAACGAGUUAUUGUUUUAAAGAGAAAUCGAGGAGUGUGUUAAGAGACUGGUACUCGCACAAUCCUUACCCAAGUCCUAGGGAAAAAAGGGAAUUGGCUGAAGCGACGGGAUUAACAACAACACAAGUUUCAAAUUGGUUUAAAAAUCGUCGGCAAAGAGAUAGAGCUGCCGAGCACAAAGACACGUCACAAACAAGUUCUGAAAAACAACAUUUGGAUUCAAGUGGGUCAGAUAGCGAAACGGAACCAUCCUCACAUCAUAAAAAUAACACAGCAUACGCGAAUGUUCCGCCGAAUGUUCCAGUUGUUCCACCUCAAUUAGCUCCUUAUCCAACGUUAGGAAAUCCGGGAAUGACGCAACCUUUGUAUCAAACACCCGGAGGGAUUCUUCACGAUUACCAAACGUUGUGACAGUGGUUGGCCGCGCCUUCGGAUCAUGUGAAUAGCGGCGAAAACGCGUAGUCUGAUUUCAAUAAUAAGAAAAUUU